GCUCAUCGUUGACGUUUCCAUGUCAAUUUAGCAUCCAUAAUUCUUUGAACAAUCACAACACCAACAACAACAAUAAUUUAUUAAACCCUUCGAAACCAAGUCGAAUCUCUUCGAGAAGCGUUAGAGGCGAAUCGUCGCGCAUCGAAUCUUAUAAUUUAUCAUUGCAACAAUCAUAACCCGUUUUCGAUGGCUCCACCAGAUGUCACAAUGAGACCGGGAUGGUUAAUCCAGAAAAGGUGGUUAUCCGAACAAGAAGCGGUUCAAUGUUUGCGCACUCGCGAGUUUAGAAGAAAACAAAUCAGAGGAAGUGGAUACCGAGACCAAGAAACAAUCCUACAAUUAAGAACGUUUGGUGAAUACUAUCAACAAAUAAUUAAUAUGGAUCAUUGUAUUCCAGCACAUGGAAAUGCCAUGAUACCACCGCUUAUUAAACCUCUUGGAGGUACCGUUGAGAGGGUUGUGAAUAUCGAAAGGGUGAUGGAGCACGUUGUAAAAAUUGCUACAACCACAACGUCAGUUCAACCACCCCCAGGUUUUUGCUAUUCCAUGCCGUUUACCGGAAGAUACAUCAAACCGGUAAAUUCUUAUAAUUUUAAUGAUGAUUUGGAUAUUAAUGCUAUAAUCGGUCGAUUUAAAAAUGCAAAAUUAGAUGAUGAUGAAAUAAAAACUAAUUUUGAGAAUAAUCAAAAAACGUUGCUUCUGAGGAAGUUCGUUAUGGAUUCGAUCAUUUCCGAUCGUAUGGUGAAACCAGACCAACGCACGAAAGAUAUUUGCAAAACUUUAUUUCAUAUGUCGUCUGAAAAACUGGUAGAAACCACUUAUGAUUUUUUGAAAGCCGUCGGGUUCGAUGGAAUUUUAUCGCAUAAAAGUAUCUGUUCUGAAUCGGUUUUUGACGAGUUAGCUCAGGAGGUUUGUUUCAAUGAUACGUUAGUUUCGGAAGUAGCUUCCGCGUGUAACGCAUUUAGUGCCGAUAAGAAUCGAAUGGAAUAUGUUGCUAUGUUAGAAUAUUACACCAGUUUAGAGUAAAAUGAUCAAGAAUCA